AACAAACCCACACGCUUUUCACCCAUUUUCCUUCCCUCGGCGCAAACCCUAAUCGACCGAAGAUGCAGAUCUUCGUGAAAACCCUAACGGGUAAAACAAUCACCCUCGAGGUUGAAUCCUCUGACACAAUCGACAACGUCAAAGCCAAAAUCCAAGACAAGGAAGGGAUUCCACCGGACCAACAACGACUCAUCUUCGCCGGAAAACAACUCGAAGACGGCCGCACUCUCGCCGACUACAACAUCCAGAAGGAAUCAACUCUUCACCUUGUUCUCCGUCUCCGUGGUGGUGCUAAGAAGCGUAAGAAGAAGACCUACACUAAGCCAAAGAAGAUUAAGCAUAAGCAUAAGAAGGUUAAGCUCGCUGUUCUUCAGUUUUAUAAGGUUGAUGAUUCUGGAAAAGUUCAGAGGUUGAGGAAGGAGUGUCCUAAUGCUGAAUGUGGUGCUGGAACUUUCAUGGCUAAUCACUUUGAUCGUCAUUACUGUGGCAAGUGUGGUUUGACUUAUGUUUACCAGAAAACCGAUGCUUGAUUUUGAUUUCUGUUUUUUUAAUGCUACCCUAAAUGUUUUUUAUUUUUGGUAUUUUAGUUUUUUAAGAUUUGGUAUUUAUGAAUUUGGAAUAGUGGGGUAGACAAUUUUUGUUAUUGUUAUGACUUGUUGAAUGAUUUUUAUUUUAAUACCAUAUUCUGCGUUUAUUUAGUUAUUA